CACAGCUGGUCUACGAUCCUCGAAGCGAGUUGACGGCCGAACGUUGUGUCUGAUGUGAUUAACGCGAUUUCGUGCCGAUCUGUCGAGCCGAGCUCUCCGUGGCUCGCGCGAGCGUGCGGCUACAGUCAACGUGAUCCGGCAUCGAUCGCGGCCGUGAGGUGAAUAGUGUGACAGAGGGAGAGAGAGAAAGAAAGAAAGAAAGAGAGAGAGAGAAAGAAAGAAAGAAAGGAAGGAGAGUGCUUUCGUCGCCAAUGUAGCCUGGAGAACAGCGGCGGCGGUGUCACCACGAGGAUUUUUCAAUCUGACCGCCCCAACGCUGGAUACGAAGGAGCAUCGCCGCUGUCACGACCGUCUCUUUUCGGUAACAAUGUCGUCGAUGCGCUCGUAAUAUUCGGAACCAGCGUGCAGGAACGGAAGGAGAGGAAAUAGAUGUCAGAAGAAUGGCGUCCACCAGCGGGCACAAGAGGAACGGCUCCAGUUCGAGCAUGUUCGCGCACAAACGCACCGAGUCGGGGGGUGGUUUCGUCGGUUACAAGCGUACCGAGGGCGGUCACAAGCGUGCCGAGAGUAUAUCCAGUGCCUUUGGCCACAAGCGAUCCGAGAGUGGCCACAAGAGGAACGAGAGCAGCGGUGGCUUCGGUCACAAGAGGUCCGAGUCUGGCAGCAAUUAUCAUGCCGGGCAUCGACGGAAUGAGAGUAUGUAUGCCAUGACGGGCCUCUACGCCGAAAGCGCCGGCACUGGCACCGACGAUAAUACGGACCCGUUGCAGGCGAGCGGCAGCAGACUGACCCACGACACUGUCAUAAGGUGUCACAGUAGAAACCCGAGUUCCGGCCUUGUGGAUCAUAGAGAUUUUAUCAUCAAAUGUCACAGCAGGAAUCCCAGUGCUUCUAUGGUAGACAGGACGGAGAAGGAGAGGGCGCAAACUCCGCCGUUUAAUCCGGACUCCAAGGACUGUGGGAUUCUGAGUUGUAGGCCGGCCUUCAUUCAGAGAUUUGCCGGAAUAAAGGUGUUCGUAUUCCUCCUGUCGUUCCUUGUUACAUUGCAACAAGCGCUUAGCUCAGGUUACAUCAAUUCUGUGAUAACAACCAUAGAGAAGAGGUUUGAGAUCCCGUCCAGCCUUUCAGGCCUCAUUGCGAGCUCUUACGAGAUCGGCAAUGUUAUCACUGUCAUUUUCGUCAGUUAUCUCGGUAGUCGCAGGCAUAUACCUGUCUGGAUAGCGAUCGGUGCAGUGAUAAUGGGACUGGGAUCUAUGAUCUUUAUGGUGCCACAUUUCACAGCGGAACCCAACUUGACGACAACAGCGAAUCAUUCCAAUUCGGAUAAUAUUUGUCGCGGCGUAUCGUUACGUGAACAAGAUAUGGGUCUGGGUCGACUCUCGUCAGGGUUAUCCUCGCCCCCCUUAGCACCACAUAAUAAUUUAAGAGGUGACAAUUGCAUACAGGGAUCUCCAUCUACAGCUGGACCCGUCAUGCUGUUUGUACUUGCUCAGUUACUAUUAGGAUGUGGAGGUUCUCCUUUGUUUACUCUUGGUACUACUUAUAUAGACGAUCACGUGAGACCGGAAAGUGCAUCUUUAUAUAUCGGUUGUAUGUAUAGUAUGGCGGCCUUUGGACCAGUCUUAGGCUUUCUUCUCGGAGCGUAUCUUUUAUCCUUCCAUAUGGACUCGUUUUCUGGAACGAUUAUAAGCAUCGAUCCCGGAGAUCACAGAUGGGUCGGCAUGUGGUGGGGUGGAUUCCUACUAUGUGGUCUGCUCCUCAUUUUAGUAGCAAUCCCCUUUUUCAGUUUCCCUAAAACAUUGCAACGUGAGAAAGAGAAAAUAAGAAUCAUCGAAAAGAACAAACCAACGAACCAAAAAGAAAAAGAACAACCGAAGGAAAUUAAAAAAGAAAACGUCGACGACAGUGGUUACGGCAAGGAUGUGAAAGAUAUUCCACGAAGUAUGUGGAGGCUUGUCUGCAACCCAGUCUACGUUGUAACGUGUUUGGGAGCGUGCAUGGAAUUGGUGAUCGUGUCUGGAUUCGUGGUGUUUCUUCCCAAAUAUCUGGAGACGCAGUUCAGUCUGGGGAAAAGCCAAGCCAGCAUCUUCACCGGCUCGAUCGCAAUACCAGGCGCUUGCAUCGGGAUUUUCUCCGGCGGAUGUUUGCUCAAACGUUUAGAACUAAGGCCGAAGGGCGCGGUGCAAUUCGUUCUCGUCUCGAAUAUUAUUUGCUUGGUGUGUUACGGUCUGCUGUUUUUCCUCGGUUGCGAGAAUGUAAAGAUGGCUGGGACCACUAUACCGUACUUUAACAGUAGUACAAAGGGCCCUGAACCCUUUCAAGUAAAUCUCACUGCCGCAUGCAACUUUGGUUGUGAAUGCCGAAUGACGGACGUCGAGCCGGUUUGCGGCAACAACGGUCUGACGUAUUUUAGUCCAUGUCACGCGGGUUGCACUGCCUUCAGUUCAAAAUCAAACUUCACAAAUUGCGCAUGUAUACACGGUAAUUUGACUAUGGUGCCACAAGCUGCUCAGGAGUUUGCAGAAGUGACCGUCGUACCGGUAGCGACCGCAGGCCCUUGCACUUCACCAUGUAAAACUAUAUUCCCGUUUUUAAUUCUCUUAUUCUUCAUGACGUUUAUUGUCGCCGUGACUCAAAUGCCUUUACUCAUGAUAGUAUUACGAUCCGUUUCCGAAGAAGAAAGAUCCUUUGCGCUGGGUAUGCAAUUUGUAAUCUUUCGAUUGUUCGGUUAUAUACCUGCACCGAUACUGUUCGGUAAUUUAAUCGACUCCACGUGUUUGCUGUGGAAGAGCACCUGUGGAGAAAAGGGAGGUCGAUGUUUGCUCUACGACAUCGAACAAUUUAGAUACAGAUACGUCGGCCUAUGUGCUGGUAUAAAAAUUCUAGCCUUGGCGUUAUUUUUAAUCGAUUGGUGGCUCGUGAGAAGGAGAAGACAAAUGGAAGACCAACCGCCAUCCUUCACUGUCAAUGAGUUUGUAGGGUCAAUUAUCAGCCUAGAUAAACUGUUCGAGGAGAAGCCGCAUCAUCAGAAUUUAGGUGGAGAUGGUGAUGCAACUCUGCCGAGUUCCGAGAUUCCAACGCCAUCCUCCAUCUCAUCGCCUACAGAACCUACCAAGUCAACGAAUCUCGAGGAAACAGGGUCGUCGAGUCAGACGCAAGAUUCAACAGAGACGACAAAUCGCUCAAAACACACGGAUAUGGAGGUCCCCGAUACAAGGCAAGCGCCAUUCUCCACGCAAGAACCGGAAGUCGAGAUCAAACCGUCGAGUGGUAUGGCGGAGAAUCGUAACCGAAACGUUUAAUGUUUAUUUCAUAUUAGAAGCUAUAAAAAUGAAUAUAUCAAAUUGGUGAUAUGUAAAUUUGUGACAAAUUAUUUUAUAUAUACAUAUAUAGAUAUAUAUAUACACAUAUAUACAGAUAUAUUCGCUGAUGGAUUUUACCUGAGUAAUACAGGUCGACAUAUCCACAUGUACAUUGUUUCUUUUCCCGUUGAAAAGUAAAAGAAUGCAUCACGAGAUAUCCAUAGACAAUGAAAAUUUGUACGAUAUUGAAAUACUUCAGAAGCUCUGUAAGUGUAUAAUGAAUUCAGUUAUAUUUAUUUAUUAUAUUUCUCCAUUUCUCCUUUUGCAUACACAUACACACACACACACAGUACAUACUCUGCGUACCACACGUUAUGGUGCGUACGUGCAUAGUUGUUAUUUAUUAGUCAAGAUGAUUUGUCACAAAUUUAAAUAGCUGAGUUAAUUACUCUUAGGGAAUAAUAUCACUAGAACGUAAAUUUUUACAGCAAUCAUAUAUAUGUCAAUAAGUAGAUAUAUAACGCGUAAAGUGUAGUUCGUUUCAAACGUACAACUCGAGAUUGUAUUAUUCAUUGCACAUUUAGAUUUAUACUGUUGCUACGUAUAUCGUUAACGAACAGAUAUAUACGAGGAGGGAGGGAAGGAGGGAGGAUAUAAAAAUGAAGUAGAGAAAGUCGGCGGAUGUGCAAUGUAGAUAAAUUUCUCUUGUCGUCCGACUCGAAUCAUGAUAAAAAUAAGCCUUGCGCCAUUGCAAGAGAAGGCUAACGUAACGACGAAAUUGUAAAUAUGAAAAUUCCUGCCUUAAGAAAUAUACAAGACUAGACAAAUGUAUAUUUAAAGAUAAUGAACUAAGUAUCACACAGAACACUAACGAUCUAUAUAUAUAAAUAUAUAUUAUAAUAUCAUUAGUGCAAAGUAAGAGCUACGAUUUAUUUUAUAACUAGAGAUUAGGUUUCUCGAAACCAGUAGUCAAUUUAGCGUAGUGAGAUAAGCGACAAAGAUUAGUAUGACGAAUUUGUAAGUAAUCUCCAUUGUUGAACAGCGCGUUGGUCUAUGUCUUACGUUCGUUUUCUUUUGGAGAUAAAUGCAACCGUUUCAAGUGCGCAUUGCAUAAGCCGCACGUGAUCUCUUAUCUCCUCUUAGUUCUACUAUACACUCUUCUUUCCUUCGGUUUGUAGGCAACCGUUUCUUUUCGUGAGCUUUUCAUGGAAUUAUAGAGAAUAAUUUUUCCACGAGAACCAUGGAAAUCACUAUAUAUUCUACAUCAUACAAACGAUGCUUCCAAGCAACGAAAAUGAUACUUUUUUGGGGGGGGGGGGAUUAACUGUGGCUCAGUAUAUCGAGAGAUAAUUGGGGGGUUGAUACCACUGCUUUCUGUUUCAAUUAAAAAUCCUGGCUUUACGCAAAGAGCUCGCUCGCAGUACGGGGAGCCUAUUUGCUUCGUACCUGAAAGCCUCUCGAAUCAAUUUCGAUAUAUAAAAAAAAAAGGAAACUAUUAUAAAAUCACUCAGGAAUGUGAAAUUCUAUAUUCUAGUGGAUAGUGUGGCACUUCUAAUUUAACUCAAAGAACUCAUUAUAUCAAUUAAUAUACCAUUAUAUGAAAUGAGAGAUUGUAACAUAAAGGAAAAAUGUAAGCUUGUCUUCGUUGCACGUCGAUUCCAUUUCUUCUUCAAUGAAACGAACACCGUGAAAAAUUUGAAUACUGAACUGUAAGUGAGGAAAAAAAACCGUGUUAUAGAAACAAUCUAGGCGCAAUUGCUUUUCGCGGAUAUGUUCGCCGAUCGAUUGGGAUAUUUCUCUAUAGGCUAUUCCGCUGCGACGUUAAGGGUACUAAACAGUUUCGCGUACAUACAUGCUUCUGAAAAUGAGUGAACAUAGUCUUAAUUUCACGCAUUUCCACCACACUCUCCCCCGCUUUGGCCCGCCACUGUCAAUUUCUCGAAAACUGUAAUACACGUUACUAUAUUUUAGAUGGGAUUUUCGAGUUUAAUGUAAACUUCGUCAAAGUUAACCGUUCGCACAUCACGUUUCGAGGAACAGCGCGCGUAUGAUCUCCGUAACUACAUAUUACUAAACACUUAUAUACCCGCUUUGUGAUAUAAACUUCUUCCGAACGGUAACCUUUGAGGAAGAACCGUAGAGAAUAACAAAAAGUGCUGUGAAUAAUGAGAGAAGGAGGGAGAGAGAGAGAGAGAGAGAGAGGAAAAUACACGCGUUAAAAUCAAAUUUAAUUCAAUUACAUGCCGACGGUAGAAAGAAAGAGAGAGAUAGAGAGAGGAGGAGGCGCGGAUUAACGCUGGAUCUGUGUCCUGCGAGCGACUGUACAUACGUAAAAUAAUAGUUAGAGCGAUUUAUAUCCGAGAGAAAUCCGAGUGGAGAACGCAUGUAUCGCAUCGUACUAUAAUCUCGUUCGUUGAGGUUGCCAUGAUAAAGCGAUAUUGUUAUCGACGUAAGCGGGUGAUUACGGCGUAAUCGAUUUCGAUUGACUCACCUGUAGCCUAUAAUUUAUACAUAGCUCGUAUUUAUUCUUGAUUUUUAGAAGAACGUUACUUAAAUACUUUUGUAAGAAUUUUUCUCUUAUACGUAUAUAUUUGUCUUCUGGGUUUUUUUUUUGGCCAUAUAACGACUCGAGACGCGCACCGAAUAAUGCGUAUGUCACCGGAUCUUACUGUUGCUAUAAUUAUUCUCUCGACUCUUCAUUACCGUGCUUUCGUUUACUUUCUUACAAUUAAAUAUAUCGGUUUUACGAUUUUCGAAUUCCAUUGCUCCAUCGGCUAUUACUAUUAUUACCAUCGUUACUACCGGUAAUAUACCGCGCGUUUACCAUUACUGUUGCCACCACCACUGCUACAAGUACCGCUACGACAACCGUUACUACUAGUUAGUACUGUGUCGUUAAUUUUUAUAAAACCUUUCGUUCGGCUUGAUCUAAUUUUCUUCUUUUUUUUUCUUCUUUUUUUGCUUACGAUCGUUAAGAUUAAUGCGUAUAACAUUCCGGAGCUACUGUAAGUAGAACGUUUCGGUAAAGGUGUGUGUGCUUGCGUGCGUACGUGCAUGCAUGCAUGCGUGCGUGCGUGCGUGCGUGCGUGCGUGCGUCAUGGAUGUGUCAGUGAAUGAAAAAGUAUGAAAAGAACGUAGAGAUAAAGGGAAAAGUUAGAAAUGAUAGAACAUGAAGGAACGGUCGAUUAUUUGCUAGAGAUCGUAGCUGUUGGAGGUGUGCGGCUUCUCGAGAAUCGGGUCGGAUAUUUUCGUCGGGUAUUUUCUUCGGGUUGGGGUUGGGGGGAGGGAGCCUGAUUUCGGAUAUUCGCACACCUCUACGUAGUGGUAAUUACGUUUAAGUGAGGAAACUGUUAUGUACAUACAUAUGAUUAUUACAUUAACAUAAGCUGCUUAUAGAUGUAAUGUAUUUUUUGUAGGGACCAUAAUAUAUAAGCGGAAUAUAUAUAUAUAUAUAUAUAUAUAUAUAUAUACACACACACACACAUAUAUAUAUAUAUAUAUAUAUAUAUAUAUAUAUGAAGUUACGAACAGUACUAACGAGUGAUACAAAUCGAUCUUUGUCACACUUUUGAAAGCAAUACGCAAUCGAUACCGCAACACGGUAAUAACGCGAGAAACAAAAGAGUGAAAGAAGGAGGGAGGGGGGAGGGAGAGAGAGAGAGAGAGAGAGAGAUUGUGAGAGUAAAUGCAUUAUCAUUUGCGUUUCUCACGGUGAUUAUAAUAAAGCGAGAUAACGUGUGUCUUAAACGCUGAUCGGAACGAUAAAAAGGCGUGCGGCGCGCGAUAUUAGAUAAUAAAUAUAACGCGAUGCGAGACUUAGAAAAUUGAAUCUAUAGAAUUUUUUCCGCUUUAGAAGCACACGGAUUGAACUAUCCAAGUUGAGAUAUGCCUUAAAAUAUAAGAGAAUUAAACGAUUGACUCUUUCGUAGCGACGUUACUCGUCCGAAAUGCUACUAUAAUUUCCGGCAUUAACGAGCAGCUUUCUUUAGGUAAUCGCUUACGGCAAUCGAAAUAUAUUCGGAAAUACUGAAUCUUGUAUUUUUUAAACAUGAAAAAACGCACAUUUCCGCAGCGAAAGGGUUAAAGCGACGAGAUCGUAAGAACGCGAAGAGGACGUUUGCGAUGCUGCGAAUAAAAAAGAAAAUGAUCCAUCUUCAUAGAAUGGGCAAUCCCCCCAAAAAUAUCUCUAUUUUGUAUCGAUACAUAAAAAAUAUGAGAUGGUAUUGGCCUAUCUCAUAUUUGUGGUGUAUCGAUCUUUUCGUUUACGAUACGUAUCGAUACGAAAUGUCGACAUUUUUUACGGUAUCGCCCAUCUCUACUCUAAAGUCGUUGUAGCGCACUUUUGUAAGUCGCAGUCUUGUUUCACGGUAAUUCCGAGUGUGUGUUAAAAGUGCUCACAAUUGGCGCUGCAUUUGUAAUGUCCGUGAGAUCCUCGCUUCUUAUCGAUCUCGUUCCCCCUCUUGUGACGAAAAUUGACAUUCUGAAUUUCCAAGAGCGCCUCGCGCAAAUCGCAAACGAUCGUACCGAAAGGGAAUGAGCCGCGCACGACUUUUAUGCGGUUGAUGCACACGAUUUUACGUGUCUCGCGUGCCAGAGUCAUUAUUGUCGAAUUACUGAUUCAAUUGGGAAAAAAUAGGGAUAAUAAUAUUAUAACGAUCGGGAAAAAGAAACGCCUUUUACUUGACUCAUACAAGCCUAAUUUUUCGAAGAGUAAGGCACAAACAGACAAUGUAUUUACAAUGAAUAAAUGUUUUGAAAACUGUUAA